GCCAAAUGUUGGUGGCUAUCUCCCUAUCAUUGAUCAGGGGAUUGGUACUGCUGGAUAUUGCAGGUACAGACAAGCAAUUCCUGUCGGUCAGGGAGGGCGGUUAGAUAUUGACACCAACUAUGGAUUUCGAAAAAGCUUCCUUCCUCAGUCACCAAUCAAGACCCGACCCAAAACCGACUCGACCAAAUCGGAAUAGUAGCAUCGAAAUAGUAGCACUGAAAUAGUAGCAAACAAUAUUUUAAUACUUCAUAUAUUUUAGCAUUUUACUUGAUUUAAAAUUCUACUUCAUGUUUCUACUUAAUUUAGGGUUUUAUUUCAUGUUUGAUUAGGGUUUUAUUUCAUGUUUGAUUAGGAUUUUAUUUUUUAUUAGAAUUCUAGUUGAAUUUUACUUAGAAUUUAUUUCUAUUAGUAUUCUAAUUGACUUUUAUUUAGAUUUUAUUUUUAGGAUUCUAGUUAGAUGAUUUUAUUCUAGUUGGAUUUUAGUUACAAAUAUUAGAUAGAUUUAGAUCAGCCAAACAUUAUAAAUAUGUCUAUAAUCUAGAGUUUGUAAUCAAGUUUUCUCAAUAUAAAUUUCAGUAACUUAUUUGGAUUUUCUUAGCAAAUUAGUCUUGCUUUUGCAUCUUCAUCAAAACCAAACUUGGGCUAUUAAAGUUUGUUUUUUUAAAAGUUUAUUUUAGUGUAUUUUUUUAUACACGCUAUAUACUGCGUCAAAUUUCAAAUUACUUCAUGGAUUAAUUCACCGUGGGAAGAAAGAUAAGGCCUUCACUUUUUGAGCACAAUUUGCUAUCAUCCUCUUGAAAAUGGGAGCAGGAAAUAUACUCCGGUUCGACAGCCUACUUCUCAGCAAGUAAUGAUCGACAAAAUCUCUGCAGGUCCAAUCACGGUCUUUAUCAUCGGGGCACACACAAACUUUGCCAUUUUUCUUAUGAAAUAUCCCCAUCUGAAGAAGAAUGUCAAGCACAUUUACGUUAUGGGUGGUGGUGUGAGGUCAAAGAACCCUACUGGUUGCUGCCCCAAAAACUCGAGCUCUUCUUGCCAGCCCCGGCAAUGUGGCAAUCACGGUAAUUUGUUCACCGAUUACACCAGUAAUCCUUAUGCAGAGUUCAAUAUCUUUGGAGAUCCUUUUGCAGCGUAUCAGGUUAUCCAUUCUGGGAUCCCAGUUACUCUUGUCCCACUAGAUGCAACAAACACCAUUCCGAUCACUGAAAAGUUCUUCGAGGCACUUGAGCAGAAUCAACUUACAUAUGAGGCGCAGUACUGCUUCAUGUCCUUGAAAAUGGCUCGCGACACUUGGUUUGACGAUCAGUUUUACACGAGUUAUUUUAUGUGGGACUCAUUUACAUCUGGUGUAGCUACUUCAAUCAUGCGACACUCGCAUGAUCAUAAUGGCAAAAACGAGUUUGCUGAAAUGGAGUUGAUGAAUAUAACUGUAGUUACUUCAAACAAACCGUAUGGGGUGUCUGAUGGCUCAAAUCCGUUCUUCGAUGGCCUUGGAACUCCGAAAUUCAAAUUAAAGAAAGGUGGAGUUCACAGCGGCCAUGUUCAGACUGGACUCCGAGAUCCAUUUUGCAUCGUCGAGAAUGGGAAAGGGAGAUGUAAGGAUGGUUAUACCAUGGAGGUAACAGGUCCAGAAGCAGUGCCUGUGCUUGUUGCUACGAAAGCAAAACCGAAUCGUGAUCCUAGCAACUCCUUGGACAGAGAGUUUUUCAGAAGCUUCUUGGAUGUUCUUAACAGCCCUCAGCAUGCUGGAAGGUUCAAUUUCACAACACAAUUUCCUUACUACAAAGAGACUCUAUACAAACCAGAUUUUGGAGGGAGGAAACUUGGGAAGAAUGUGGUGUUUGAUAUGGAUAUGAGUGCAGGAGACUUUCUAGCCCUCUUUUAUCUUCUUAAAGUACCCGUGGAAGUGAUCAACCUCAAGGCAAUAAUAGUAAGUCCAACAGGCUGGGCAAAUGCUGCAACAAUAGAUGCCAUCUAUGAUUUACUACAUAUGAUGGGCCGCGAUGACAUUGCAGUUGGUCUAGGUGACGUAUUUGCAAUGAACCAGUCUGAUCCUCUUUUCUCUGCUGUUGGAGACUGCAAGUAUGCCAAGGCUAUCCCACAUGGCGGUGGAGGAUUUCUGGACUCCGAUACUCUCUUUGGACUUGCUCGUGAUCUACCACGAAGCCCACGAAGGUACACAGCAGAGAACUCUGUAAAAUUUGGAGCUCCUCGCGAUACUGAUCAUCCUGAACUGAGACAACCCCUAGCACUGGAAAUAUGGGAGUCUCUAGUGAAAUCGCUCGAUCCAGGUUCAAAGAUCACAUUACUGACCAAUGGUCCGUUGACUAAUUUAGCAAAGAUAAUCCUUUCAGACAACAACACAUCUUCCCUAAUUCAGGAUGUAUAUAUAGUGGGAGGACAUAUCAACUACGAUAACACAGAAGAAAAAGGAAAUGUCUUUACUAUUCCUUCAAAUGAAUAUGCAGAGUUCAAUAUGUUCCUUGACCCUCUGGCUGCAAAGACUGUGUUUUCUUCAGGGCUCAAUAUCACCCUUAUUCCACUAGGCGUUCAGCGCAGAGUCAGUGAAUUUCCUAUGAUUCUGGAAAGGUUGCACCGGAUUACGAAGACACCCGAAGCUAUGUUUACGAGGCGUUUGCUAUCAAGGCUACACCGGUUGCAGCAAAAGCAUCACAGAUAUCAACAUAUGGAUAUAUUCUUGGGAGAAAUUCUUGGUGCAGUUAUCUUGGGAGAUGAACAUUCCAUUGUGAACUCAUUCUUUCAAGUAAAGCCUAUAGAAGUAAUUGCAGAAGGUGUUGAUUCUAAAGAUGGGCAAAUGAAAAUCAAUGAAAAGAGUGGAAAAUCAGUAAAAAUAUUGGAAAAUGUAAACUCUAUGGCAUACUACAAUCUCUUUUCAAAUCAGCUUGGUGAAAAGCUACAAUCAGCCGUGAUUGCAAGUUUUAGCGCACAGACAAGAACUUGGAGUAAAAACCAAAGCGGUAUUUGAUGCAGAGGGUGAAAUACCAAUCUUCACAAUAUAGGAACUUUUUUUCUUUCUCAUUGACAUACAAUCAGUUUUUUUUAUCCGUGUUCUUACUUUUCCUCAACUAGAGCUUGUUAUUUACAAACGUUAUCAGUAGUUUUUUUUUUUUUAAUUUUUUAAUUUUAUGUAGUUAGCCCAAUAGAACAAAUACAAACAGAUUGAAAGAAAUAAAGGAAUUUUCUUUUCCUCC